AUGGCCUCGUCGGCGCCAUUGACACUGCAUGCACGGUGCAGAGUAGCAAAUAUAGGAUAUGGUGAGAUCCUGUUUGUUGGACAGACAUCUUUCGCACCUGGCACAUGGGUGGGUGUCCACCUUGACGAGCCACGCGGCAAAAACGAUGGCUCGGUCCAAGGCAAGCGGUACUUUGCCUGUGAGCCGCGGUGCGGCGUCUUUGUCAGGCCAAGUCAAGUUCAUGUACAAGCGGAUGAAUUAGAAGAUAUACCACGCACGAGUGAAACGCCUCAUUCUAUACGUCGUUCUGUCGGCACAUCACGAUUCUCAAUGGUUGCCGAGACGCCUCAAACUAGUCGUCGUGCCACGGCUGCACUCGGGCCCGGAUCAACAGGACGUACAUCAGGAGCACGUCCGCGACCAUCGCAUUUUCGAACGCCUGCAGUAAUAAACCGCACCCCUGUACCAGCAAGCUUAACACCUGGCUCUAUCUAUCGGACGCCCGGAACAUCUAGUCGCACGCCAGCACCCGCCAGUCAGACGCCUGGUGCAGGAAAUCGCUCUCCCUUCUUAUCACCAUCUGAGCGAGCAAAGACCCGCAUUGAAGCUGGACGCGCACGACGCCUUGUGACGGGGCCAAGUCCAUGGAUGGGUCCUGCCUCACAAGACUCUGAUACCCCCCAACUCACUUCUCCCUUAGGGGAAACACGUUCGACCAAACCUAUCACAUUCCAACAGUCUCCCACGCUCUCUCCCUCUCCAUUAAAAGAACAUAUGACACGCGAUAAUGAGCAAAAAGCACGUCUUGAAGAACUGCAAACGGAAUGUUCCGCGCACGUUGCUCGAAUAGCAGCGUUGGAGAGCGAUGCUUCUAGACUGAGCGAACUUACGCAAGCUUACGACAAAGCCAAGGCGCGUGUACGAGAGCUAGAAGGGGCAUGUGAUGAGCUGAAAGACAAUAUGCAGGAGCUAACGGAUAGCCUGGAAAUGGCGACGCUGGACCGGGAAAUGGCCGAAGAGCGCUCAGAAGCUUUGCAACAGGAGCUGAAAACAGCACAAGAGACAGUCGAAGAACUACGUCUCGAACGGGAAAUACACGCUGAAUCAGCAUCCGCGGCGCUGCCCGCAGACGCCGCGGUGUUGCUGUCUGAAAAUGCGCGCUUGAAAGAAGCUCUCAUCCGCCUUCGAGACACUGCGCAUGAAGCAGAUGUAAAGCAGCGACGAGAGCUUGCGUCACUCCGUGCAGAACUAGUGACAAAAGAAGAGAUUUCUGCUGAGCAUACCAAGACACUCGAGCAGCUUGCCCGCUUGGAGGCACUGGUUUCUGAACUUCGCGCACAAACGGAGGUUGCGCAAAGUACUGAAGAUAUGCUCGAGACAUUGGCUGAGCGGAAUGGUGCAUUGGAAGAGCUCGUGGAAAAAUUGACAACGGACGUGCGAGAACUUGAGGCAUUGCAGGCCGUUAGCGAAGAGCUGGAAGCGACGCACAUUGAAACAGAAGCGCAGCUGCAGCGCGAUUUGGACAUGCGCGACGAACAUAUCAACGCGCUGCAGCGUGAACAAGUUUCUAUGCAAGCUCAUCUUACAGCACAUGCAGCGACAAUCGAGCAGUUUCGCGCGCUUGUGACGGACUUGACUCGAGAGCGUGAUACCUGGCGAGCAAAGUGUGAUGCGCCACCAGCUCCGGCGCCGCGUGCGCCUCUAACGAUAGAACAAGUUCAAACGCACCGACCUGUAUUCGCGCAUGAUCGCUUGGUGGCUGAGUGUGCCAUGACACGACGACAAGUCCAAAUGCUGCGUGCUUACGCUCUGCCGUCAUUCAGCGAUGUGGAUCAAGGCGCUAUUUUGACAAUUCUUCUUUACGAGCGUAUUGGGAUGCAGAGUGAGUACAUCCGUUCUGCUCUAACAUGGUCUGAGGAAGGCACUGCGUCAUGGCAACCACGCGUGCACGAUGACGCCCAACUUCGAGUGUGUCGUUUGCGGCGUGCGGUGGCACAUGUUGGCGCGUUAGCUAAGCAGAUCUCCGCAGUGCUGUGUUCAUCGUCGCCCGAUGUGUUUGUGAGUCGUGCAUCAGACCACGUCCACAUGGCGCAUUUGUCGCAUCAACUGCAAGCGCAUAUGGAAGCACUCGAAGACGACAGGUUAGAUGAUGCGACUUGCGAAGCGCAAUGCAAAGAUAUAGUGGCACAGCUAGAAGCUGUGUCACAAGCCUUGCCGCCUUGUACAUCGUUACACGAUCUCGCUGCAAAAGAAGUGGGAAGUGCCCUUUUGGCAUGGCAUGAUGUUGAAACGAUGCAAGCAUGCAUGGCAUUUGUUCAGCAUGCCAAAGUCGACUCGUCUGCUUGUGCUACAUGGUCCGCGGUUGCUACGCGUGCACGUGUAGCAUGUCGACGAUUGUACCGCCGACUCUCUUCGUUGUAUGAGCAGCAGCGGCAAACUAUCCAAAGCGAUUCCAUUACUAUGCUUCCUGAAGUUAGUCGGCUUGCCUCAGCGAUGGUACCACGCGUCAUGCCAUGGGCUUAUGCGGUGUUGGAACAACGUGAUACAUCUGCAUUGGAUGCCGUAUCUACUCUUGCAAAUGAUACGCGCACACUUGCUGACCUGGCUGACACAGUACUAUCAAAAGCGUCAGCACAGGAACAUGUGGUGGACAUCCCUGAAGCAGCGCCCUGGAAAGCACGUGCCAAGACUUUGUUGAUCGCAUGUCGCCCCGUCGACAAGUCCGAAACAGAGGCAUUAUCCCAGCGCAUCAGUGCAUUGGAGCAUAUGCUCGCUGAACGUGAUGAUACUGUGCAGGCUGCUAGCAUCAAGAUUGAACGACUUCGGAACCAGCUCGACCGAUCCCAUGCCUUGGCCGCUGAAGUAACGGAUGCACGGCAACAAGUGGAAGAAUUAAAAGCUAAACUGAAUGAGGCAGCCCUACUACCCUUAAUCAUACUCGAGAUCCAUCGAAAUUCUCAGCAUCUGCGCCGAUCACAGAAGACGCUGGAGCGCCUACCAAUGCACCGAGUGCUCGCGCAUUCCAAAAGUUGCUUGCAGAUCACCAGUACCUGA